AAAACUGAAGAUAGAAACCGAAUAAAAAUAUCAGCUUUCUAAAUAAAAAAAUCAGCUUUCUAAAUAAAAAAGAAUGGGGCUUGACCGACAGACGGAGGCUGAAGCUGAACAAGGGAGGAAGGAAGGAAGGAAACCAACUAACCUCCUGCAAUGGCGGCCGGCUAUAUAUAUCCAUCCCUCUCCUCCCCAAAUCCCUUUCCAUCCUCCACACCGGACACGCGCAACCACCGUCAUCUCUGAUCGGGGGACGCCGGGGGUGCGAUCCGCCCAUGGCCGCCGCCGCCUACUGGCUCGCCGAGCACCCGGCCAUCGUCGGCUUCCGGUGGAGCCCCACCCACCUGUGGUUCUCCACCUGGGCCUUCCUCCUCGGCUUCCUGGCCUCCUACGUCGCGCUCUGCCUCGCCCUCGACGCCUUCCUCGGCGCCGCCCUGCGCCGCCGGAAGCCGCUCCCGCUCGGCCCCGUGCCCGCCGCGCACACGCUCCUCAUGGCGGCCGUGUCGGCGGCCAUCUUCGCCGGCACCCUGCUCUCCGCCGUCGCGGAGAUACGGGACACGCGGUGGUCGUGGCGGGGGCGGAGCCCCACGACGCCGUUCCGAUGGCUGCUCUGCUUCCCGCCGGGGACCCGCUCCUCGGGGCGCGUCUUCUUCUGGUCCUACGCCUACUACCUCUCCCGGUACCUCCACGCGGCGCGGGGCGUGUUCGCGGUGCUCCGGCGGCGGCGGGGCGCGUCGGCGCGGGUGUUCGCGCACGCCGCCUCCGUGGCCAUGGCGUUCCUGUGGCUGGAGUUCUCGCAGUCGUUCCAGGUGCUCGCCAUCCUGGCGUCGACGCUGGCGCACGCCGUCGCGUUCGGGUUCCGGUUCUGGGUGGGCGCGGGGCUCCCCGCCGCGCGCGCCGCCAGGGGCGCCCCCGUCGCGCUCGCCUGCCAGCUGGCGCUGCUCGGAUGCAACCUGGCCUGCCACGUGGGCGUGGUGUGGAUGCACUUCGGCGCCGUCGGCGGCGGGUGCAGCGGCAUCGGCGCCUGGGUCUUCAACACGCUGCUCAACGCCGCCCUGCUCUGGGUCUUCCUGCAUUGCUACGGCAAGCGCGGCGUCUGCGACGACGACGGCGGCGCCACCGCCGCACGCGCCAGCAAGAAGGAGCUCUAAUCUGAUCUCAUGGGUGGCGAUGCCAGGUCAGGUGAUGCGAGGAAUCAACCAGCCAAUCCUGUAAUAUUUUUGUAAAUAGGCCAGGCGACGAUCGGAGGGGGGAUAAACACCACCAACAACAAGAUAACAAGGGAUGAGCAAUACAUCCUCUUUGCUUGCAGCUUUGCAAACCAGAGGAGGGGGGCAUCCCUGCUUAGUUUUCUUUUUUCUUUUUUCUUUUUUUCACUAGUCCGUUCUGUGUUCAUGGAAGAAGGGAAUGGAAGAGGGGGAAAAAACAAUUUUUGCAAACCAAACCGCUCCUGUGUCAUUCUUGAUCCAAGUUGUGCAGCCUGAGGAUUGAUAAAGAGUGAAACUUCAUGGCUGGGUGGGUAGGUUGCGUCGCGUACCAUCUCCGGCGACUAUGAGCUGAAGCUGAGAUGGUACUGAUAAAAAAUUCGUUUUCUGAGACGCCCGAAAUGGUAUUAGUAACAGUACAGGACAAGGGUGUUUCAGCCGAUGGGUUGCACAACCGAUUGACUGCCUACCGGUAAGUAAUGCGAUUUUCAGUCCCAAGUUGGUGAUGAUCAGCCAUGGUUCUGAAGUAAAAACCUGCUGUUGAUAUGGCAAUAAAGCUGGGAUUGCAGUAUCA